AUGAAAUCAGUACUAUCCAUUCAAUCCCACGUUGUCCACGGCUAUGUCGGAGGCCGAGCGGUCAUAUUCCCAUUGCAAACGCAGGGCUGGGAAGUUGACAAUAUCAACACCGUCCAUUUUUCCAAUCACACGGGCUACGGACAAUUUCGAGGUCAAGUUCUUGGCCGCGAAGAGUUGGCGUCAAUCUUGGAUCAGUUGAUUAAGCGGUUGCAUAUUGGAUAUAAUGCUGUUAUUACAGGGUACGUGCCUAAUUCUGAGUUGAUCCUGUGUAUCAGGGAAUAUAUCGUUGCAAUGAAACAGGAUAAUGACGAGCGAAACACCAUGCAGGUGAAUGGGCACCCCACAAAUGGAAACUCACUAGAUACAACGACAACCACCACAAGCUCCUCCAUCCCCUCACCAUUGAUUUACUUGAUGGAUCCAGUAAUGGGUGAUGACAAUUACAUGUACGUUGACCAAUCGUGUGUUGACGAAUACCGCAAGCUAAUCCAUAGCCAACUUGUCGAUAUAAUAACCCCCAACCAAUUUGAAUUGGAACUACUCAUGGAUCAAAAAAUCACCAACCGCGACUCAUUGACAAGGGCAAUCACCCAAUUGCAUGAACAAUGUCAUAUACCCUAUAUUGCAAUCACAUCAGUUGAGUCACAAGUUAUAACUGGACAACAACAAGAUUUCAUCUACUGUGUCAUAUCGACAAAAUCUUCCCCGCAGCAAAGCACAAAUUUUAACCAACGACAUGAUAUGAGAAUGUUUAAAAUCCCCACUAUUAAGUCGUAUUUCACAGGAGUCGGUGAUUUGUUCUCGGCGUUGUUGUUGGAUAAAUUUGUAGCGAAUCAGGAUGAGUCUACCAAUUUGAAACGGUUGUCUAAAUCAGUUAACCAAGUGUUGACGAUCAUGGCAAAGACAUUGAAACUCACGCAUAAGUUGGGUAUGCAACAAGCAAAAGCCGCGUUGUCCAGAAACAAUAGCAAUACUAAUAGCAACGGUACUAGAAACGGAGGAGGCAUGGAAGCACUACUCAUUGAUGAUGCAAGAGAUGCCAAAGAUGCUGAAGUGACUGGCGAUACAGAAGAUGAGAUUGUUGGCAAAAUAAACGAUGGUGAAACGAUGAAAUAUUUCGAAUUGAAAGUUAUUCAAGCCAAGGAGUUUUACAACUAUACCGGAGAUGGAGAAUUUGAAGAAUUGGAAGUAUAA